AUGGAGUACGACUGCUGGGAGGGCGAACAUGUUUUAGGGAAGUGGCCUUCAAGGUGCCGCAAACUGGCCGGGAAGCUGGUUCUGACAGCCACAAGGCUGGUCCAUGUGCCGGACCUCCACGACGAGCAGAACGGAAACCCGCUCGAGAUUCAGCUAACAGGAGAAAGGAGUGUAAAGCUCGAGAUCUCCAAGAAGCGUCCUGGUUUUGAUGAGGCCCUGGUGCGCCUAUCCAACCUACCUACUCCGCCAGGAAAGCUGGUGAUUGAGUUUACUUGUCCCGAAAACAAGUGGGCGCAUUUGAGCGAGCUUUCGGAAUGGAUGCGGGCCCGUGAGGAGGAGGCCAAACGUUUGGAGGAUGAGCAGCGGCAAGAAGCAGAAACACUCGGGGAGCAAUUGCGCUCUGUUUGGGCUUCUCCGGAUUUGCACCAGCAGUACCAGUACUUGGUGAAGCAAGCUGGGAUCCUUUCGUCCUCAGAAUUCUUGAAGCAACAUGCGCAGGAGAUAUCGCUUCUUAAGCCACUGCCAGAAGCACCAGUGGUUGAUCUGGCUCCCCUGCGUGUCGUCGCUGCUGCGCACAAGUCUGACCGGACGGUCAGUCAAGAAGACCGCUCGGCAAUUUUCAAAGAGCUUCCUGCACUGUGUCAGCUCCACUCUGCAACGGUGCCUUCGAUGAUGACAGAAGCAGAAUUCUGGGAACGCUGCCUUAAAAGUCGUUACUACUUGUUCGCUGCUGGGAAGGAUGUGCCGGCUUCACAUCCUGAGGAUAGGUUGUUUGACUCGCUCACCACCCCAGAAACAUCCCAACCGUCGCCGUCUUUUCAAACCAUGCUAUCGCACCUGGAAGCAGAUUUGACGGGCGAAUUUGAAGCUGACAAGCCAGCAAAGAAGCGUCGGACCACAGCUACUCUCAUCAGUCGGCUGAACGAGCGAAGUGCCGGUGCCACGGCAAGUUUGGAAGGCGGCCCCAGGUCAGGACCAGAGGGUCGAGACUCGGUGGACAGCAGAGACCUCCGACAAGCGGUGGAAAAGCGACGCUCUGAACUGCGGCAGGUAACGAAAACCUUUCAGGAGGAUCUGGGAGCGACAGCUUCAGCAGCACCGCAAGCUCCACGGUUGCAAUUGAAGGCAGGCGCAGGCGCUCUGUCUGCAAUGUCAAGCCUUCCUGAGAAAGACCGUGUGGAUGUGACGGCUCAAGACAGCCAAGCAACGCCGACAACGUGGAAAUCCAAGUGCAACGCGAUAUGUUCAGAAGCUGGCACUCGAUGGGUUCUCAAGCACUCGACUGACGAGCUUCUAGCCGCUGAGCGGCUGCUCCCGGGAAGCAGCAGUGGGGAUACCCAUGUGGUCACGCCGGAGCCAGUGACCAGGGCGGUGACAUUGCUGCGCCACUUUUGGUCGAGUCGUGUCACCGAGAAGAGCAUGCGGGCGAAGCUGGCAAGGGAAGCCCGGAAUGUGUUGAAUAUGUUGACGGAAAUCGGCACAGGGGCCGCCGUUGCAGGCAGGCACAAGGCUGCCAUGGCAAGGUCAGUCAUGCCAGCACUGCAGGCAGCACUGGACCUACAUGCCUCGACUGUUGGAGCAGCGGGUGCCCCAAAACUGGGCGUUUUCCACCCGAAGCAGAUUUUCAUCGAGUUGUUGUGUAGCGCUUUUGUUGGCUUCUUUGCUUGGGCUUUGGUGCUCGCACUUUGA